AUCCUCUCACUAUACUUAUCCUUGUUGUGGUCUUGUCAAUGUGUUAAACGCCAUGCUGUCGUGACAUGGGCUACGUACGUUAACUAAAAAAAAAGUUAUUGUUUUAUAGACUAAAAACGUCUAACCUCCACCUCGUAUUAUUGCAUAGUUUGGUUUAUGCUUUACACUUGUCCUGCAACCCGCCGUGUUUGGCAUCCCACCCUGACACCGCGAGGCUCGAGCGCAGUGUUACCAGAUAGAGUUGAAGGUUUCCAGCCCAAAAACGGCCCAGCACACCACACACACUGCACUUUUACAGUGUAAAGAUCAUUCACAUACCCAAUUCGGUAAUAACGAAUUCAACAAUGUGUAUUGAAAUUAUAUUUUAUACUUCAAAUAUUAUUAUUUUAACUAUUAUUAUUACUACAUUUUACUCAUUAUAAACAGGUGUGUAAGAGAGAGGGAGAUCUUAAGCCUACCUUUAAAUGCAGAACAGUAACAGGGUGUCGGUUGUAACUUGACAGGAUGCUGAAGAACACAGCUGAACGCAACUUUUCAGAAUCACUUCGGCAUAUUGACUGUUUAAAUUUCCCGCUGACUGCUGCUUCUUUUUUGGCGGUUGCAAAACUGUCUUUGGCGGUGGCAAACUGUCAUUCGCGAUUGGCUAAAAGUCGCGGGCUAGCCUGCGAGCUGCCUGUGACCUCGUCAGUGGGCGUGUUUAGUAACGUCACGAUUACUAAUUGGAUGGAGUACAUGCACACUUGGGUUUUGUUAAAUAAUAAGCCUAUACAAUGUACAUGUUUCAAACCCACCAAACUGAUCCCAAAUCCGCCCAAAUUUUGUCCACCCGCCCAAGCCAAUUAUUACCCGCACAAUCAAAUUCAAAACCGCCCGGUCUGGCAACACUGCUCGAGCGUCUUUCGCACCUGCGCCUCAGAGCAGCGCUCGGGCACGCGAGCCAAUCUGGUACCAAAUAUGGACAUGAGCACGAGCGCUUGCCAUGACGUCAGUGCAAUAGAUGGGGAAAGGGAGUAUUUCACGGAGAGGCGGCGGUGGGAGGUGAAGGGAGUGUGGUGAUCUGAAAUCGAGAAUUAACGGGAGCGUAAUCUCGUUACAUAACCCGUCGUUUGUUCAACCGCGUUAAUCCCUUAUUCCACAGUCGGAUAUUGUAAGCACUGCGAAAAACACUUGUGGCAUCACGAGAGGACUUGCGCGUAGUUAUAUUUUCACGAGAACUGCAACCAUCAUCUUCUUUGCAGCUUGUCUCUAUUUUUUAAUCUAUGUGCGGCAGUGUCGUGGUGACGACUAAACGCCGGGGAAAACAGAAGAGAAGACAGCACUAGAAUCACGUUUUUCUUUUCCCAGCCUUAGCUAAGUAAUAUUAUCAGAGAGACAUCCAUCCACACCCCUCCGAGGACAUGGAGGCGCCGGGUUUGGCACACGCGAUGGCGAGCCCGCUAAACCCACGCGAUGGCAUGGUCAAAAACGUGAGCCUGGAGUCUCUCCAGCUGUGCGAGAGGGACGGAAAGGCAGAUGACAGCGGUGUGGUGGGAAUUGAGGAGUUACCUGUUCCUCGCAACAUCAGGAUCAGUAACAUCACCUGUGACUCUUUUAAGAUCUGUUGGGACAUGGACCCUCACACCACAGAGAAGAUCACGCAUUAUUUCAUUGACCUUAACAAAAAGGAGAACAAGAACUCCAAUAAAUUUAAACACAAGGACGUGCCCACUAAACUUGUUGCUAAGGCAGUCCCGUUGCCUAUGACAGUACGAGGGCAUUGGUUCCUGAGUCCACGGACAGAAUACACAGUUGCUGUGCAAACUGCAUCCAAACAGAGCGAUGGAGACUACGCUAUAUCAGAAUGGAGUGACAUUGUUGAGUUCUGUACAGCAGAUUAUUCCUCGGUGCAUUUGACGCAGUUGCUUCAGAAGGCUGAGGUCAUCGCUGGCAGGAUGCUGAAGUUCUCUGUGUUUUACCGGAAUCAGCAUGAGGAGUACUUCCAACAUUGCAGAGAUGUGCUUGGUGGUCGAAUGAUGCCCUCAGUUAAGGAUAACAGCGGCAGUCACGGUUCACCUCUCAGUGGUAAACUCGAAGGGAUUAUCUUCAGUUGUAACACUGAGUUCAACACAGGUCAGCCUCCGCAGGAUUCCCCGUAUGGCCGCUUUCACUUCCAGGUGCCCGCGGAGACUCUUUUCACCCCUGACACGCGUGUCUACUUCGGGGACUUUUACUGUAUGUACACUGCCUAUCAUUACGUUAUCCUGGUCCUUGCUCCCCGGGGCUCCAGCGGAGACUUGUACUGCAGCGAACGCCUCCCAGAGCUGGACGUGACCAACAACCGUUUCCUAACACGCGUGUGUGGGGAGGACGGGCGUGUGGAAUUCCGGCACGCUCAGGAUGUCAUCCUGGAGCUGAUUUAUACCGAGCCGGUUCCACUGGAACUGGGGAGCGUCUCUCAAAUCAGCGGUCACCAGCUGAUGAGCUUAUCUACUGUCAAUGCCAAGAAAGACCCCAGCUGCAAGAUCUGCAACAUCAGCGUUGGCCGUUAGCCGUCACGCACACACUAACCUAAACCGAUAUCUCUGAGCAAGCGAUUGAGACGUGCAACCUUUACAAUAUGUUAGAGAACCAGACAGAGAACAUAAAAUACCUAGACCAAGCUAAAACUCUUUGGGGGUCUCCCAGAAAUUCAACCAAAUGGUUAAUUAAACAUUAUAUGUCCUCAUUGAGAAAUUACUGAACAGCAGAAAAAAGAAAACAGAGCAAGGCAGAAAAAUGAAGCAAAACAAAGAGUUAAAGCUGAAUUUCCCAAAAAACAAAACUAUAAUCCCACUGUGAACCUUACCUGCGUGUUUUUGGUGCUUUUUCUUAUAUUUAAAACACAGCCCUGCUCAUUCUGAACUAUUUGACUUUCGAUACAUUCUGGACCUCAGACAAGAUUGUCUUUUUCAGUUUACACUAAAGCCGUCAAACCACUCAUGUUUCUUACGUUGAACAUCCAAAGUCAAACAACAGUCCUACAUCAUAACUGGUGUGAAGACCUAUAGUGCAGUCAUUGCCUUAUAGAAAACUCCAUCUAUCCUCAAAAAAAGGAACUGAGAAAAGAAAUACAGCAAGACAAGCAUUACUAGCAUGAAUGCUUCUAUAACAGCCACAUCCAGGCGUUUGCUGAGAUUGCUCACCCCAACAAGACCUCUACUCCAUAUAUACUGCCUGAAAUGAUGAAAUCCUGUUUGUGGCUCUCCUGGGAUCCCGUGAAGACUUGUAUUGCAGCAAGCGCAAAAGAACAAAUGCUUUCUGAUUCUCUGCCAAGCAUCUGCAUGCCACCUGAGCCUUUAAACCUUCUCGUGUACCCUCAAUGUGUUCAGUUUUACUCUAAACGCAGUUUUCCUUUAAAUGGAUUACUCAUGAAGCAGUUAUAUUCUAUUGCUAUUAUUUUGGUGGUGUAUGUUGAUUUCUGUUAGAGCAAAAAAAGCUCAUUACAAUCCCUGAUAUGAAUUAAUUUGUUUUACUGAUAUAAUUUAACACUUAAUGAUUUGCUGGGGAAAGUUUCACAUGUGGAUAAGAUUUUGUUAUAGUUAUACCCAAAUUUCAGUGUUACCAAGAUACUGAAACCUUUUCAAAUGUAGCUUUUGUAGGAGAUGCAUAUGUUUAUGUGCACUAAUCAUGGACAUACUGUAUUCCAUCAUUUCAACACUAUAUGUAGUAAAAAAUAUCAUCUCCCAUGUGGAAGUUUCUAAAAUCAUAGUUUGUGUCUGACGUUUGGGUGUGACUGUGUUUGACUGCAUGUUUUCUUAUGUGUGAUUUUGAGUGCAUUGUGCCCCUGCUGUAGAUAUGGUUUGACUGUUGACAAAACACUCUUCUGCCAGUCUGAUUUGUGCACAUGUUAUUAGUUAAUGGAUUUAUAAAACAGAAAAAUGUUGUUCUUCACUCCACACUCAUGAUGUAUUGCCUUAUUCUAACCUGUGACUGAUUUUGCUCAUUUGCAUUUGCAUUGCAUUUGCAUUGCAUUUGCAUUUGCUCUUAUCUAGUUUGCAUAGCCAGACCUUUACUGCGACAACAUUCUGGUGAUUUUGUAGCUUAAACAGAUCGAGAACCACACAUGUUGACAGGAAGAGCCUGAGGUCUGACAUCUUACUCUGUUAUAGUAGAAAAACAUUAGAACUUGAUAUGGUCAUGGACAGCUCAGUAACACAAAUCAAUCCAUUUCAAUGUGUGAACGUGCCUCAUACUGACAAACAUGUUCAAAAGACAUUUUCAUUUUUCUUGUUGCUAUGUUUAUGAAAACCAAAUGUGACUGUUCAAUAAAGAUUAAGAAAGAGA